GUCAGCAACAGGCGCUCAACGAUUUGAUUGGUGGAACAUUUCUGAGGUCAAAGUUUAACUUCCUUGUCACACGGCGAACAUGGCGGAUAAAGAAAAGAAGAAAAAGGAGAGCAUCUUCGACUUGUCAAAAUACAUUGACAAGCCGAUUCGUGUAAAGUUUCAAGGGGGACGAGAGGCCAGCGGGGUCCUGAAAGGUUUUGAUCCUCUGUUGAACCUUGUGUUGGACGGAACAAUCGAGUAUAUGCGUGGUAAGUAGAGACAAACUCUCUGCGGGAAAUGUAACAUUCAUUACAUCAAAACUGGGGCAUAUUUGGGCUCAGGA